AUGAAUGAGAAGCUUCAUGGCCCCCUCAAAGAGGCCUACGAGCGCCAGUCAAAUGGAAAGGACGUCGCUGACCAGAUACUGCAUGUUGACACGCGCAAAUUCGCAGCCAAAAUGUUGAGAGCGCACGUGGACAUGCUUGACGAGCAGCGCACAUUUGCAGGAGAGGGCAAUGAUGACGAUGAAGACCUGAAUCCUGUUGCUUUCGAGGGGCACAUCAAACUUGGUUCAAUGCAACAGCCUGUAGCCAUCCAAGACACCGAGACCCACAGCGGCCAAUUGGAUUGUGCAUUUCAAGGCUUUCGUAAGAAGUUUUCUGAUUUUAUCAACAACUCAUUACCGACGUAUGGAUAUCAACUGGAAAGAUGGGUCACCAUACCGACAAACUUCUUGAUUCGUGAACAUCGCUUUCUCAAAGUUCACUACGAGUCUACCGUCGACUGGAAGCAAACUACCAACUACCUUCAAUGCACUCCAGGCUUCCAUGGGCAACUGCACUAUGACUGUACACUUAUACAACUUGUUACGACUUGGAUAGUAUCUGUUGGCGACGCUCAAACAGAGCUUGUGUCGUCAACGGUCUGUGGACGUCCUUGGGCUAGCCCAAGGUUAGGGGUCGUACUUGGUGUGUCUUCGGCAAGUACGAUUUAA